AUGAAACAAGCUGGCAGUCGUGCAGAAGAAGUCCGUCGCAGAAUUAUCUCUGUUACUCAAUCUAUUCGUUCUACCAUGGGAACAAGUCUAGGACCUAAAGGAAUGGACAAAAUGAUUACGCAGGGCAAUCAAACAACUAUUACCAAUGACGGUAGUACGAUUUUAAAGAUGAUGAAGAUGAAACAUCCAAUUGCCCAACUGAUCUGUAACAUCUCCCACUCACAAGAUGAACAGAGUGGUGAUGGUACUACUAGUAUUACUCUUCUUCUUUGUUCUUUAGUUGAAGCAGCUUCAGCUCUGAUUGAUGAGAAGAUUCAUCCCGUAGUAGUAGCUAAUGCCAUGGAAAGGGCUAAAUCUGUGUGUAAGGAAGCUUUAACUAAACAUUCAGUUGAAGCUAAGGGUCAGAAUGACUUAAGAGAUUGUAUUCGUAUCUCUUUAAACUCAAAGAUUGUUAGUGCUUAUAUUGAAGCCAUUACUGAAGUAACCAUGCAAGCUAUUCAGCAUACAGUUGGUCCUGAUGGCGUACUACCCCUGCAGAACAUUAGAAGGAUUAAGAUCAAAGGGAAUAUGGAAGAGAUUAAGAUGGUUCCAGGUAUAGUACUAAGUAUGCCUUUAAAAAGGAAGGUUAAGUUUAUGCCGCGUAAGAUGAAGGUUGCUAUUCUACAGUGUGCUAUUGGUCAGUCUAAACCCAAUUUAGAUGCUAAACUUAAUGUUGGUAAUUAUGAAGCGAUGGAAGCAGUAGUACGGGAAGAAAAAGCUCAUGUUUUAGCCCUAUGUAAGACUAUUAAGGAUUUAGGUCUGGAUUUACUUAUUAUUCAGAAGAGUAUUGUGCGUGAGUCUCUUUCUGAGCUGGCUUUGCACUUUUUGGACCGUUUAGGUGUUCUGGUGGUUGAUGAUGUGGAGAGGAAGGAAGUUGAGUUAUGUGCUGAACAGUUAUCUUUAUCUCCAGUAGUUGAUAUUAAUGAGAUUAAGGAGAGUAUGGUUGGUGAGUAUUUAGUGGAGGAUUUAGAGGGAUAUGUGAAGAUUCAAGUGGAGUCUAAGGUAUGUACGGUGAUUUUACGGGGAACGGAUGAAGUUAUUCUGGAGGAGGUAGAUAGGAGUUUUAAUGAUGCUAUUAAUGUUGGACGGUUGAUGUCAGCUACACCACGACUGAUUGCUGGGGGAGGUGUGCCUGAACUGGUCUGUUGUACGGCUUUAGCUCAGUAUAAUGAUCCGAAAUUGCCUAAGGUUAGUUACUGUGUGCGGGAACUGGCUAAGGCUUUAUUGGUAGUUCCAGAGAUGUUAGCAGUGAAUGCUGGGGCUGAAGCUAUUAGUACGUUGGAGUGUUUGCUUAAGGCGCAUGCUCAGGGUCCUUCGGACUUGGGAGUUUCGGUACGGGCGGUUGGUCCUGGGAGUAUGCAGAAGGAGAAUGUCAUUCAGCCACUUGGUGUGUCUUUAUCGGGUAUAUCUGGGGCUCUAGAUGGAGCAGCUGCGAUUGUGCGUAUUGAUGACUUCAUUCCGGCGGCCAAAUAA